CCUCACAUCUGCUGAUCCGUUCGUCCGUUUCCCUUCGCAACGGACACAUUCUUACUUGAGCGCCGGCCAGAUGCGGACGAUAUGAAGUUGCUGCUCACUACUUUGGCAGCUCUUUUGGGCUUUUCUCAAGCCGUGCUGGGCUCGACCCUGCAGGUCACCGUCGAACAGGGUGUUCUUCAGGGUUUGAAAACGAAGAGCCAUUCAGGAAACCCGAUUUUCGCUUUCAAAGGGAUUCCGUAUGCGGCGCCUCCAGUCGGGCCUCUCCGUUUCAAGGAUCCUGUCGAACCUGAAAAAUGGGACGGCGUCCGUGAAGCUACAAAGGAAAGUCCAGUUUGCAUCCAGAGAGACGUCCUCUUUUCAAGGGAUCCAACGAUUUUCGGUCAGGAGGACUGCCUUUACCUGAACGUUUACACGCCCAGGCUGCCUCGGAAAGGUGAAAACGUAACCGGUUUGCCGGUGCUGUUUUACAUCCACGGCGGCGGAUGGUUGUGCGGCGACGGAGGAACCUACGGCCCCAACUACCUGCUCGACCAAGACAUCAUCCUGGUGACGUUGACAUAUAGAUUGGGCGCAUUUGGUUUCUUGAGCACCGGGGACAAAGUUUGUCCUGGAAAUUUUGGGUUGAAGGACCAAGUGGCCGCCCUGAGGUGGGUCAGAAAGAACAUUGCUGCCUUUGGUGGGGACGAGGGCUUGGUGACCAUCGCUGGCGAGAGCGCCGGAGGCGCCAGCGUGCAUUACCAUUUGAUUUCUCCAUUGGCUAAAGGAUUAUUCAAGAGCGCCAUUUCGAUGAGCGGAACAAUUUUCUCCCCUUGGGCUUUCACUCCGUAUCCUGCCGUUCAGGCCAAGAGAUUCGCCGUGGCCCACGGCUGCCCUUUCGACAACUCAGAGGAAUUGGUCAGUUGUCUGAGUAAAAAGGACGCAGCAGAGAUCGUGGACAAAAUUGACAGGCUCUAUGAUUGGGGCUUGGACCCGAUUUUGCCCUUCCGGCCGUCUGUAGAGCCCCUCCACGAAGGUCAGAAUUACUUGCCCGCGAGUCGCGAGGCCCUGAUUCGAGAAACGGAGCGAAUGAUUCCGGAAAACUCGAUCCCGUGGAUCGUCGGUUACACAUCUCACGACGGCGCCAUCAGAACUGCCGCGUUUGCAUCUGAGCCGACGAUGAUGGAGGAGAUUGAUCGCGAUUUUGCCACCCUUGGCCCCCUGACCCUCAACUUUACGUCUGCAGAACCCGCCGCCGUGGCAGAAAAAGUCAGAAAGUACUAUUUCGGAGAUAAGAAAAUAAGCAAAGAAAAUAUUGGCAUCAUGAACAAGAUGUACACUGAAUGGGGCUUCAUUCACCCAAUUAUCAAUUCUCUGAAGACAAUGAGAAGUUAUGGCAAUGCUAGGCCAAUUUAUGUGUACCAAUUUGGAUAUAGAGGAAAACACUCCAUGUCAAGAACUUUUGAUCCGACCUCUUCCACAGAUUACGGGGUGGUUCACAUGGAUGAGCUGCAGUACAUUUUUUCCAUGCCGCGCUUCUUCCCUGCCGUGCCGCAGGAUCCAAACAACAAAGACAAUCUUGUCAUGCAGUACAUGACAAAAUUAGUCACCGAAUUCGCUCAAUCUGGUGUUCCGACGCCCUCGAAAGAUGUGAUCGGCCACACAGGCGAGGGUGAAUUGGAAUGGUACGCAAUCGGCCAGGUGUUUCCGCUCGAAAUCGCAAAUCUGGACUCGCCAAAACCAACCGGCUUUUUGGAAUCCACGGUGGAAAUUGAAAAGUCGUACAAAUUCUGGAAAGGACUUGUUGGUUUGUCAGGAGAGGGAUGGACGGACAGGGAAGAGUUGAGAACGACCAGCCACACUGAAUUGUAAAAAAUAAAAAUAAAGUUUUCUUUUACAUAACAAGUGA